ACCACCCUUCCUAAAAUUUGCCCCAUUUCUCAACUUUAUAAAUCCACUUUUUUUUUUACUUCCUUCUUCACUAAUUCCUUCAACCUUCUCCCCCAAUGGCUAACGACGUCGUUUUGCCCUUCCCCUUCCCCUCUUCUCUUCUCCUCCUCAUUUUCGCCUAUUUGAUUUGGUUUCAUUUCCUCGCCCGUACGCUAACCGGUCCGAGAGUCUGGCCGGUCAUAGGCAGCCUACCGGCUCUCAUCUCGAAUCGGCGGAGCCUCCAUGACUGGAUGGCUGGGAACCUCCGCUCCACAGGCGGCGCUGCCACAUACCAAACUUGUACGGUGGCACUUCCAUUCUUCGCUAGAAAACAAGGCUUCUACACGGUCACGUGCCACCCGAGAAACAUCGAGCACGUGCUCCGAACCCGGUUCGAAAAUUACCCGAAAGGACCGGACUGGCAAGCGGCUUUUCACGAUCUUUUGGGUCAAGGGAUUUUCAACAGCGACGGCGAGAUUUGGCUGGUCCAGCGGAAGACGGCGGCGCUGGAGUUCACGACGAGGACGCUACGGCAGGCGAUGGACCGGUGGGUGAAUCGCACGAUAAGGACGCGACUUUGGUGCAUAUUGGAUAAGGCGGCGGAGUAUAAAACGGCGGUCGAUUUGCAGGAUUUGUUGCUCCGAUUGACUUUCGAUAACAUUUGUGGGCUCACUUUUGGGAAAGAUCCUCAAACUUUGUCGCCGGAAUUGCCUGCAAGUCCCUUCGCUUUGGCGUUUGAUUCCGCCACUGAAGCCACUCUUCACCGCCUUCUUUACCCUUGCAUUUUAUGGAGGUUAAAGAAGCUUCUGGGCAUCGGAAUGGAAAGAAGGUUAAAGGAGAGUUUGAAAGUAAUAGAGGAAUACAUAAACGACGCCGUUGCAUCCCGCAAAGAAUCCCCCUCAGACGACUUAUUAUCCCGCUUCAUGAAGAAGAAGCACGACGGCGACGGCGACGGCAACCGCUUCUCCGCUGCAGUGCUCCACCGCAUCGCCUUAAACUUCGUCCUCGCCGGCCGGGACACAUCCUCCGUGGCACUCACGUGGUUCUUUUGGCUCGUAAUGAAUCACCCGCAUGUAGAGGCUAAAAUCCUCGCCGAAAUCUCAACGGUGCUCCGCCAGACACGUGGCGAUGAUCCACGCCGGUGGAUCGAAGAGCCGUUGAUGUUCGACGAGGCCGAUAAAUUGGUGUAUUUAAAAGCCGCGCUGGCCGAAACGCUGCGUUUAUACCCGUCCGUACCGCAGGAUUUCAAAUACGUCGUGGCUGAUGACGUGUUGCCAGAUGGGAGUUUUGUGCCGGCCGGUUCGACCGUGACGUAUUCGAUUUAUUCGGCCGGGAGGAUGAAGAGCAUUUGGGGGGAGGAUUGUGGGGAAUUUAAACCGGACCGGUGGCUGUCGCCGGACGGGGACAGGUUCGAGGGGCCGAAAGAUGGGUAUAAAUUCGUGGCGUUUAAUGCUGGACCGAGAACUUGUUUGGGGAAGGAUUUGGCUUAUUUGCAAAUGAAGUCCGUCGCCUCCGCCGUGCUCCUCCGGUACCAGCUGGCGCCGGUUCCCGGUCACCGGGUGGAACAAAAAAUGUCUCUUACUCUUUUUAUGAAGAAUGGGCUUCGGGUUUAUUUGCAUCCUCGCCGGCUCGGCUAGAAGGGGUGUUUUCGUCAUUUCAUUGUCACUUGAAUUUAUCUGUUUUUGUCGAACCAAUUAUUUGUUUAUUUUGGUUUUUGCAUGGCAGGAAAAUUGGUUCUUUUCUUCUUUUAUACUGCACAGGGUAAAUUUGUCAUUUCGGUGGUCUUCACGAGGGCAUAAUUGUCAAUGUGUGUGUUUUUUUUCUCUCUCUUUUUCUUUUUUAUAAGUGAACUGUUGGUGUUUGUAAUUGUUGUAUU